AUGGAGCACUCGAAAGAGGACGGAACGCUACCACCAAUCGCCCCGCAACUUCUCGUGGACAUGCAUAUCUCACGAGCCGAAGAAGCAUUCAUGGAGAUUGACGAGCAGGUUACUGAAGAGUGGAGGUUGGAAAAUGAAAUUCCGAAUACUGAUGUGAUAGAAGAGACGCGCGAAGGGCUCGCGCAGAAGAGGAAUAGAGCACCGUCGACAGUAGUUAAACAGCCUCGCAGGAAGGCGGCAAGGUAUGGUACUUAG